GCUGGCAAGGAUCCAGGCUGACGUCGGUCAACUUCAUGCAUGCGCGCGCUGACCACCGGUAUCGAGGACCCUUAACCGACAAGGCAGCGGCGUUCCAAGAGCCACACUUUACCGAGUACCCAAUUCGACUUGAUCUUUGACACGCUCUUUUUUUUUGUACUUUUGUUUUUGCUCUCUCUUCACCUGAGCAUCAAUUCGCAUAUUUUCCAACGCCGCCACAGAUCUGCGUUGGAAAGCAACCUGGCUACCCCGCCGGAGGCAGUGCAGGCUACGGCGAUCUUAACAUACUUGGUCCAACUCAACGCUCCACAAUAGUUCAAUCAUAGCCCUGUUCGCCAGACAUACAUACCGUCUCCGGGCUUCCAUGCACCGUCUUGAUAGCCGCGACCUGCACCCUCAGAGGGUGCUGGCGAUAACUUGGGGAAACAACCUUUUAAUGACAUGACAGGUCUCGAGACCGCAAGGGCACGAACGAGAACGAAAACAGUGACGAAUCCAGCGCGAAGAAGGCCACCAAACCAAGAAACCAAGCUCUAAUAGAGCUCCUCUUUCACAAUGGCCACCUUGGCUGUCAACCGCCCGAGUCGGUACCGUUCCUCGACCUCGGCCUCCACCCCGCCCGCCACAUCGAAAGCAGUCGAGGUUCUUCAGUCUUUGUUCGACCAGCUUUCCCAGGCCGCAGACCACCGCGCGACGCCCAGCGGGUACCCUGAAAUAAAGAAGAUAGUCAAACACGCUCGGGAGCUCCACCAGAUCGUCGCCAGUAGUAGCCCUCCCUGCCCAGCACAGGACAACUUUCGACAUCUUCGGGGCUUCCACCGGAUUCUUGAUGUCCUCAGGGCCUUUUCGGGCUUUUAUAAUCCACAGGUGCGGACAGAGGAAGAGAAGAAGGCCUUGUUCGAGCUCCUGCACAUUGUCCUAGCAGUCCUCUCGGCUUCUUUCCGGGAGCACCAUGGAAAUAGGCGGUACUUUAGACAGCGGGUUGAGGGCGGCGGCUGGGAGGCUCUGGAGCAAGCACUGGCAAGCAUAGGCCUUGGCGGGAGUGACGCCGACCUAUGGACAAACUGCCAGCUGUUUGGGAAGCUCCUUUCCUUCUCGCUCGACGACCAGAGGCUACACGAACUUUGUCUAUGGGUUGGCUCGAGCGCAAAUACAACCACGGUAACGACAGGUGACAACACAAAGGCCGAGAAUGGAACCACCGAUGCAGACUCAACUGGAAGUAGCCAAGCGCAAACCAAGGGGGUGGAGCAGCCCGUGGCUCCGGAGAUCAUACAAAAGAAAAUUGAUGACAUAGUCGGUGUCAAGACGGUGCUUCACAACGCAGAGAUCCUGAGGGCGGUGGUCGACUUCUGGGAGUCGAUACCGCGGGAAAAAGGCUCCGAGGCUAACCUUGCAUCCGUCCUGGUCUUGAGCACCUUGACUUCAGUUGUCAAGACGUCAUUCUUCAACCUAUCAGCUCUACACUCGACAGGAGUGCUGUCCAGGUUCUUACACCUGUAUUUUGAUCCUUCAUCCUCACUUACCCAAGGAGAAAGAGAGAAGAUCCUUCCGCUUUGCAAGUCACUCAUGUCUCUUGGAGUGAACAACCUUGCAGAUGCCCAGUUCCUACUCACAAGUCGUGACCCUGCAGCGUCGGAAUUCUGCCUGGAAAUGACUGAGAAGUACGACAACCCCAACUUUGUGCAAUUUGAUCUUUCUCUGCAUGGCCAUGCCUCGAUUGAACUGCCUAACCUUGGCCGCUCAUUCCCGCCACAGUCAUCUCCGGGAUAUACCUUUACUGCCUGGGUGCGCAUAGACAAGUUUGACCCCAACUCUCACACGACUCUCUUUGGCAUUUUUGACGCCACUCAGACAUGCUUCCUCCUUGCAUAUCUCGAAAAGGAUACCCACAACUUCAUUUUGCAAACCUCUGUUACCUCGCAAAGACCCAGCGUCAGAUUCAAGGGUUAUUCCUUCAAGCCAGGCCAGUGGUAUCACAUUGGUCUCGUUCACAAGCGGCCCAAGACUAUGUCGGCGAGCAAAGCGGCGCUAUACGUGAACGGCGAGUUUGUUGAACAGAUUCGGGCUUCUUACCCCUCCGGUCCGCCUCUCUCCAACGCUAGCACCGAAAGCUUUGCGUCAUUCAGCUCGAAUGCGAACAAGACGGUCCCAGUGCAAGCCUUUCUCGGUACGCCGCGGGAUCUCUCCACGCAGGUCGGGCCCGGCCUGGUCUUCUCUCGUUGGUCACUUGCUUCGGCCCACUUGUUCGAGGACACACUCAGCGAUGAUUUCCUGGCUGUACACCACCGACUUGGUCCGCGUUAUGAGGGCAACUUUCAAGACUGUCUCGGUGGAUUCCAAACAUAUGAGGCUUCGGCUGCCUUGGGCUUGCGCAACGAGCUCUUGCAUCCGGGCAAGGACGAGAACUCGGAUAUUUUGCGCGCAAUCAGGGGCAGGGCCAGCACCAUCCUUCCCGAAAGCAAGGUUUUGUUGGGCAGCAUGCCGACCGCCAUGUUCCGGACAGAUGAUCAGUUUUUGGAAUCACGGCUCUUCCGCUCGCUCUCAAAAGUCGCCGCCAACAACCUUCUGGCUGUGACUACUAAGAGUGGAACAGCCGUUGCAAUCAACACUGCGCUUCCAUGCGUCAACGAUGCUCUCGUUCGUGCGCAUGGCAUGUCAGUCCUCUCUGGCGACCCCGUGCUCGCCGUUCCGCGAAACUUUGACGAUAGCCUAUGGCGGACGGCUGGAUUCAAACCAGUUGUUCUCAAGUUGAUAGAGAGAGCAUCCACGCCAGAGGAGCUAGUCAGGAUUGUCGAGUUGACGUUCCUGUGCAUCAACAAGAGCUGGAGAAACAGCGACUCCAUGGAGCGGGAUAACGGAUAUGGGUAUGCCAUCCUGGCCAUGCUCAUUCGUGCAAAGCUUGGCUAUGGCGGUGUUGAUAACCCAAACUGGCGUCUUAAGAUGACUGCCGAGGAGCGCGAUCGAACGAGUUUCCAGCUCCUUAGCUUGGUGCUUGCUUUCGUCGGGUACAAGCAUGCAGACCCGGUUGAUUCAUUCAUCAUUAACCCGCUUGCCUACCGUGUUCUUUUGAUAGACCUGAACACAUUUCGAAAGUCAUCCCUCAUCACCCAGGAGCUCUAUUACAAACAAUUCGUAACCUUUGCUGUCAUGAGCAAAUACCACCAGUUCAACAGCCGGAGGUUAUUAAGGAUGCGAAUCGUCAAGCGCCUCCUGGAUGCCAUGAAGGCCGAAAGUAUUCAAGAAGAAACUCUGCCACACUUCCUGUCGGCCUUUGAAAGCUUGACCAAAUGCAAUCUUAGCAUCGAGGUUCACCGAUCACUCGCUCUCUUCAUCACAUAUGCUUUCCAUACAUCGCCCAGUUCACAACCUCGGACCCCUAAACCUUCAUCGGCUACGGCAACUCGAUCGGCUUCUCCCCUUGUUCCCGUAGCAACUCGCACUGCUCAACGGAGAUAUACGGGAGAGCUUGUGGCACCAAAAACCCUUACCAGAAAACAGCUUGGUGUGAAGAUACUAGAGAUGUAUGCCGGAUUACUCUGUGACCAAGGAGGUCUUGCGGAAAUAAGAAAGUUUGCCCGUGCAGUGACAAACAAGUGGCUUCUUUGCCUCAUUAGUGAAGAUGACCCCCAGGUGGUAGUCCUUAGCAGCAAGAUCUUGGCACGCCUGUUGGUGACCCACGGCGUUAGCUACACGUCCAAGUUUGGAUCAAAGACCGGAGGUUUCUGGAUAAUGGCUCACCGACUGAAACACUGGUGGGAUAUUUCUACACUAUGGCCGAUAUGCUUUGCUAUCCUAUUUGGCAAAGACGUGGCCCAAUUGGAUUUCAGCAAACCUUUUGAUGCUGCGACGUUACUGGCAAUGUUUGGCAGUGGUCGCGUUUCCCUGCCAGACGUUCUUCCCGUAAUCAUGUCAAUGCUCCAGCAUGGGCUAAGAGAUGUCAUGAAAUACCAAGACGACCCGGACUCACCAGUUUCCUCGUUUGAGGCCGACAGGACAGCCAAGAUCCAGCCACAAAACGGCCACGAGGUUCAGGACACCGCUGACAAAGAGGGCGGACGGCCAAGGGCGAGGUCUAUGGCUUUGGCGGACGAACUUGCUUCCAGGCAAACCUUCCGACCAGACCAGGAGAGGGUGAACACCCAUUCAGCCGUGCUAUACAUUGUCAUCCGCUUUCUUUCGGACCUACAUACGAGGUCGUCAGACUUUAGAGACUUUUGUCUUGGCUCCGAUUACGUCAAGAUGAUUCUGUCAGCGCUCUACCCCAUCUUGCUCAGCACCGAUCCCGUUAAUCCAGAGACAGAGCUCAACUCCAAAGACUCGGCACUGACCUUUGAGGGUGGCGAUGUAAUUAUUCGACCGGUGUCCGGGUCAGGGAGCGCCGCGCCGAUUGUCAGGACAACGACUGCGAGCCUGCUUGAUCGACCUUCAGCGGCACCCCUGCAGACGGCAAAGGGCACUCCUCUUCGCAAAGCAUCCUCUUUCGUUCUGCUCACGUCGUCCAAGUCACCCCAGCUACCGAGCUCGGCUCGUUUCAAUCCGAUAAUGUCACCCAAGCAGAAAGUGGUCACCCAAAAGGUGCUCAACAUGGUUUUUGAUGGACUUUUGGAUCUUGUAGUCAAGGUCUUUGCGGAUCAGAUUUUUGCCCGAAAGGAAUUCCAAGGCUUUGCUCUGUCCUCCAAGAUACCACCUGGCUUUCAAGAACACCAAGCCUACUUGGAGUCGUACAUCCUGCGCAGCACCAUCUCCCAUCUCGACACCACGCUUCAAAAGGAUCAGAAGCUACUCUGCGAGCCCAAAAUUCUCGUCAACAUGUCUCGCUUCACAGUACAUGUGGUCGAGGCUAUCUUUGAGGGAUGGUUCCUUAACGGCGCCGAGAUGAUGCUGGAUUUUGCAGGGACGAUGCUUGAAUACCUCCAACGGCCGGACAUCAGCUCCUUGAAGAGUGUACGACUCUGUAGUCAGCCCGUAAACACCAUUCGUCAUUCUUUCCUGAGGUUGGCACUGUUGAGGUUGACAGAAAUGGGUGACCCGCAAAUGUCAGACGCAGAGGCUCUGUCAGUGAUGAAGAACAUCUUCUAUUGGCAAACCGUACUGCUCAGCUCGGUGUCGAGCGAGGAUGAUUACAUCAAGCUGCUUUGGUAUCAGUUGUACGCGAAGCUUGUCGAUUCCAGGGAACAGAUUCGUCUCGUUGCCGCCAGUGUAUGGCGCAUCAUGCUGGUGCAAAAACCGGAUGAGUCUGCCAGCAUACUACGACAAUGCGCUACUAUCGAACAGCAGCCGUUGGUCAAAAACUUUUGCAAGCUCACCGAGGUGGACGAUGGCAACUUUGUCAAAUGGAUAGAUGAGCAUCGCCCAUCGCUCGAUUUGCUCUUCUUUGGUGGCAUGUCCCGGCCCUGGGAAGAGUACGUGGCUGUUGAGAACCAGCGCACCAUGGACACGGCGCGUUCAAGACUCUCAAGGAGGAGGGAGAAGCUGCGACAGUGGCAUGCCGAAGGCCUUGAACGGGACAACGUCCUCCUGCGACACGACAUGUCCAAUGGUGCUUGGGCAAAGAGCAUAUAUCUCAAUGAGCACCACAGACAUCAGCGCUUGAUGCAGGAUCAACAGGACGACCUUGCGUUUCACGCCUCGGCCUUUGCCAAGAUGGACCGAGACCUGAGGCGCCCAGGUGCGAUGUUUGCCGAACCGACAACCAUCAAGUGGAAACUCGAUCGGACCGAAGGUCGAAAUCGUAUGCGUCUAAGGGUCCUACCCGACUAUACUCCCCAGCAGCCGGAGUACCAAACCAAGCAGCGGAGGAAUACCGGAUCUGGCCCCCAGCCAAACAUAACACAAAGUCCAACACCCGGUCUCAAACUGAAUACCGAUGUGAAUCUGGUUGUUCACCCGCCGUCGGCUGGAGGCAUCGGCUCAACGCCUCUUCCACCGGAACCUGGACAAGGACCUGACAAGAGUAAAGACUUUGACUUUGCCGCGGAGGCGGAUGCAAUUCCAGAGGAGGACGCAGACCCUUCCAAAGGUCUGGGGCCGGAGGAUGACUUUGAAGUCAUCGAGAACCCGGAACCCGAUGACGACUUUGAAGACAAGCAACGCAAGGUGAUGCGUCGCCUUGAGCACGGCGACCAGGUGCGCAGUGUCUACAACAUAUCGCGCAUCAUUGGUCUUGAUGCCUGCGAGGGCAUCUUGCUCAUUGGAAAAGAUGCGCUGUACCUGAUGGACAACAUCUUCCAGCGGGCCGACGGCGAAAUCGUAAACGUUUGGCUUGCGCCUCCCGAGGAGCGUGAUCCGUUCUCACAGAUAAUCACACAGGACAAGCCACCGGAGAAGCGACAGACCAGCAAGCGGAGUGAGCAGGAAUCUCGGCACUGGAGAUGGUCGGAUGUGAUUAGCAUCUCCAAGCGUCGGUUCCUGUUCCGUGACGUUGCCAUCGAGAUAUUCUUCCGCGAUGGGCGUAGCUACCUGCUCACAGCUAUCAACCCAGUCAUCAGGGACGAGAUCCACGGGAAGCUGCUGCAAAAGGCCCCGCAUACGACUGGGCCGAACUCAUUGCCCAACCCCGAGGAUGCUUGGCGGCUCGAGGCUCUCAGAGUCUAUGAAGAGGCGCCUCAGACCUUUGGGUCAAAGUUUGGCAGCAUCUUCAACUCCUCGCCCUGGAACCCGAUCAUGAAGCGGUGGCAGAAGGGAGAGAUAUCCAACUUUCACUAUCUUAUGCUGGUCAACACGAUGGCGGGCCGGACUUUUAACGAUCUCACCCAGUAUCCAGUUUUCCCUUGGGUCUUGGCUGACUACACCAGCGAAGAACUGGACUUGAAUGACCCAGCCACCUUCCGUGACUUGUCGAAACCCAUGGGAGCCCAGACGCUUAGUCGACAGUCUGACUUCCGGGAACGAUAUAACGGCCUGGCUGAACUGGAACUGCCCCCGUUCCACUACGGAACACACUACUCAUCCGCCAUGGCUGUUGCGUCUUACUUGAUACGGUUGCCGCCUUUUGUCGAUUCCUACCUGCUCUUGCAAGGCGGUCACUUUGACCACCCAGAUCGUCUCUUUUACUCUGUGGCGGGCGCAUGGAAGUCUGCCUCACAAGACAAUGGCUCAGACGUCCGAGAACUGAUCCCCGAGUUUUUCUGUCUCCCCGAGUUCUUGACCAACAUCAACGGGUACGACUUUGGCAUGCGUCAGGAUGGUAGCAGAGUCAGUGACGUAAUUCUACCGCCGUGGGCCAAGGGCGACCCGAGAAUAUUCAUCGCGCGUCACCGUGAGGCCCUGGAAAGCCCAUACGUCAGCCAACAGCUGCAUCGCUGGGUGGACCUGAUUUUCGGAUACCAGCAACGGGGCGACGCAGCAGUCGAGAACCUGAAUGUCUUCCACAACAUGUCGUAUCACGGCGCCAUUGAUCUAGAUGGUAUCGAGGACCCCCAAGAAAGGAAGGUUAUUACUAGUAUCAUUCACAACUUUGGGCAAACGCCGCACCAGAUUUUCAGCAAGCCUCAUCCGUCGAGGGAAAAUGUUCACUGCCAGAUCAAGAGGCUUGACACCAGCAUCUUUGCGUUGACGAAGCUACCGUACCCGCUUCUUGAGAGUCAUGAGAGGGUAGCCUCGCUCAUAUACGCGCCCAAGUUGGACCGUCUUCUUUGCGCAUCACCGUUCCGAGUGAACCUGCCACCGCACUAUGACAAGUUCCUCGAGUGGGGAUACGCAGACAACAGUGUCCGGUUUUAUUUUAGUGACAACAGAAAGCUGGCUGGCAUAUUCGAGAACCUGCAUAUCGGGCAGAUUUCUUGCGUUGCCUUUGCCGAUUCAAAGACCCUCAUAACGGCUGGCGAGGAUGGCGUCAUCUCGGCCUUCACCAUUCAAACGAGUCCCGGAAAACCAGUCGAGCUGCUGCCUCGGUCGUCCAUGUUUGGACACAAAUCCCCCGUCACCACUCUAGCCGUUUCCAAGAGCUUCAGUACCCUGGUCACCGUCGCCAGAGACGGCGAAGCGUUCCUUUGGGACCUGAACCGGUUGGAGUUUAUCAGAAAGCUGAAGCAUUAUGGCCGACGUCCAGUCGAGUGCGCCCGAGUCAACGACGUCUCGGGAGAGAUCAUGCUGUGCUCUGGGACGAACGUCAUGCUCUUCUCGGUGAAUGGAGAUCUUCUCGUCGACCAGAACGUCUGCGGGACCAAUACCAGCAACAGCCGGGACGAUUACGUGCACUCUUGCGCAUUCUACGAAGGCAGUGGCGGGAACGAGUGGCUAGAGAACCAGCUUGUCUUUACUGGUCACCGGCGCGGCAAGGUCAAUAUUUGGCGCAGAGUUGUUAGUCCCAAGACUGGGAAGUGGGAGCUCGAAUUCCUGCGGAGGCUGGAUCAUAUCGAUACCAAGUCGGAAACGGGCGCCAAUGUUGAGGCAGCCAUCACUUGCAUCGCACCCAUGCCUCAGGUUGUUUAUACUGGAGACGAAGAGGGUAGAGUGUACGAAUGGAACUUGGUGCAACGAGAGCGCUAGAAACGGCAACCUAGGAAAUGGUGGCGGAACGCGUCGAUGAUUCCAUUGAUUCAGUGGCCCCGGCAUUUGGGGAUCGUUCAAUACUUGAUUAGGCCCUCUUGGUUUGUUUGAUAUUAAACUUCAUGCUGAAUUUUUGCAUUGUUUUGAGCGAUAGGGGGAAAUAUAAGGAUGGCAUAGAAAAGCAUAUUUGGCUAGCGUUCCGACGAAUACACAUGCAUCUGAAAUCUUGCGAGCGCGCAGAACAGGAGAGCUGCUGCAGUUGACUUUGAUUUCCC